AUGUACAACCAGUGUGGUGGCAGCGCCUAUUCUGGAGACAAGGAGUGUCCUUCUGGAUCAACCUGUGUUGAAGUCAGCAAGUGGUACAGCCAAUGCAUCCCUGACUCCUCCUCCAAGAAAGCUGCUUCAGUCGAGAAGACCGAUUUCGACUUUCCCGCCUUCGGAUUCCCAGGAUUUCCUGCACCUCCUCAAGCCCCUCCCGCCGAGGAGGACAACAGCCAGGGCAAUGACAAUACCCCAGCUCCGUUCCUUUCCACUAUCCCUACUCCUGAAGGGCCUACCAAUACUCCCGAACAGCCCGUUGACGACCCUGUCGAUACCAUUAUCGCUAACCCGACUACUGCUCCCACCAGCGAGCCCAUUGAGACCGGAUCUGGAUCUGGAUCUGUAGCUAUCACGCGAACUAUUCCAGCUUCCAGCGGUGCUACUGCUGUUGCAACUGCUAUUCCCGUUUCUGGUGAGCUCGACGGUGGCAUGGCCUACUACGAUCGAUCCCCUUCUGUCUGCAAGGAACAAGAAGAGACUGGUGAGGCUGAUGCCAUGUUCAUUCUUGGAGACGGCGCCACUCUUCGUAACGUCAUCAUUGGCCCUGGCCAGGCUGAGGGUGUUCAUUGCAAGGGCACAUGCACUCUCGAAAACGUUUGGUUCGAGGAUGUCUGUGAAGAUGCCAUCACCUUGAAGCAAAAAUCAGGUACCUCUAUCAUCCGUGGAGGUGGCGCUUUCCACGCUGCCGACAAGGUCGUUCAGUUCAACGGUCGCGGCACCGUCGAGAUUUCUGACUUUUAUGUUGAGGAUUAUGGUAAACUUGUUCGAUCUUGCGGUAACUGUAAGGACAAUGGCGGUCCUCGAAACGUCGUUAUCGAGAACGUUGCUGCUGUCAACGGUGGCGUUCUCUGCGGCAUCAACACCAACUAUGGUGAUACGUGCACCAUCUCCAACGCUUGUCAGGAUAAGGGCAAGAACUGUGAUCUUUUUGAGGGUAACUCUGACGGCAGUGAGCCAACUAAGCUGUCCAGUGGUCCCGAUGGCACUUCUUGCAAGGUUGACAGCUUUGCUGAGACCUGCUAG